CUGUAGAUCGUAUAAAAGCACAGCAUUAGUUUUGCUUCUGUCAACUGCAACUAGAUCCCUCAGUUUCCACUCCAUUCAGCCUCGGGGUCUCGAGGGUCGGAGCAAGGGCUCAAGAUACAUAGCUCGUCUCAAAUAUGGCAGGAAUUCUCGUUAGGUCUUUGUUGACCAAGAAGGGCCCGCUCCAGUUGAGCCGUGUGUAUUACUCCUCCUCCUCAGUGCCCACCACCAAACUGUUCAUUGAUGGAAAAUUUGUAGAAUCCAACAGCGCAGAAUGGCUUGACAUUCACAACCCCGCCACUAAUGAGGUGGUGGGACGUGUUCCCAAAGCUACCCAGGAGGAGAUGCUGGCAGCCGUGAACUCCUGCUCCAGGGCCUUCAACUCUUGGUCUGAGACCUCCAUUCUCAGCCGGCAGCAGAUCUUUCUUCGCUACCAGCAGCUCAUUAAAGAUAACAUUAAAGAGCUGGCUAAGAUGAUAACUGUGGAACAGGGCAAGACUCUGGCUGAUGCUGAGGGUGAUGUAUUCAGAGGACUGCAGGUAGUGGAGCAUGCCUGCAGCAUUACAUCCCUGAUGCUGGGGGAGACCCUUCCUUCUAUCACUAAGGACAUGGACACUUACACCUAUCGCCUGCCCAUUGGGGUUUGUGCUGGCAUUGCCCCUUUCAACUUCCCUGCCAUGAUCCCCCUAUGGAUGUUUCCUAUUGGCAUGGUAUGCGGAAAUACCUACCUGAUGAAACCGUCUGAACGUGUCCCAGGGUGUACCAUGCUCCUGGCAAGGCUUCUCCAGGACUCUGGGGCACCAGAUGGAACCUUGAACAUCAUCCAUGGCCAACAUGCAGCUGUGAACUUCAUUUGUGAUCAUCCAGCCAUCAAAGCUAUCAGCUUUGUGGGUUCAAAUCAAGCUGGAGAGUACAUCUACGAGCGGGGCUCCAAGAAUGGCAAGAGAGUACAGUCUAACAUGGGUGCCAAGAAUCAUGGUGUGGUAAUGCCAGAUGCCAACAAAGAGAACACCCUUAACCAGCUGGUGGGUGCUGCAUUUGGGGCAGCAGGCCAGCGUUGUAUGGCUCUCUCAACCGCCAUUCUGGUGGGCGAAGCUCGGGAUUGGCUGCCUGAGUUGGUGGAGCGCUCUAAAGCACUGCGCGUCAAUGCAGGCGAUCAGCCUGGGGCAGAUGUAGGCCCUCUGAUUUCCCCUGAAGCCAAGGCCAGGGUGGACUCUUUGAUCCAGAGUGGGGCAGAUGAAGGCGCCAAGCUGCUGCUGGAUGGAAGAAAUGUCAAAGUCAAAGGUUAUGAGAACGGAAACUUUGUAGGACCCACCAUCCUUGGCGGUGUUAAGCCGGACAUGAAAUGUUACAAGGAGGAGAUCUUUGGGCCGGUGCUCGUAGUCCUGGAGGCAGACAGCCUCGACGAAGCUGUCGCUUUAAUCAACAAUAACCCCUACGGCAAUGGUACUGCCAUCUUCACUACAAACGGAGCUACUGCCCGCAAAUUCACACAUGAGGUGGAUGUUGGACAGAUUGGUGUGAACGUGCCCAUCCCUGUCCCUCUGCCUAUGUUCUCCUUCACUGGCUCCAGAGGCUCAUUCAGAGGAGACACUAAUUUUUAUGGCAAACAGGGCAUCCAGUUCUACACUCAGAUCAAGACGGUAACGUCGCAGUGGAAGGCUGAGGACGCCACCCUGAAGAGCCCAGCUGUUACCAUGCCAACCAUGGGACGCUAAUUCAACGGGAAUGAACAAAUAAAUAAUUGGAUGCAUCCAGCGCAACCCUCAGUGACUACUGAUGUGCCUUAAUAUAAACAAAGCCAAGGAGUUUUUGGAGGAAGGAUACAGGUCCUUUACUAUUAUGGAUUCAUGUUUUUCAGGGGGUUAUUUUGAGCACCAUUCAUAAAUGGGCAUUUCAAUGUGCAAGUUAAACUAAGGUUUCUGCUGUUUUGAUCUAAAGUGUAGGUCAUACCUGGACAAUGUUGCACAGAUGUGUUCUCUGUUUAAACAUGAGCUGCAGUACACCUACAUCAUGAUAGACAAGGAUGUACGAGAAACCAUAGGCUUUUUUUCUUGUACAUGUGAGUCUUGCAUGCUGGUUGUAUGUCAGUUGUUUGCCAUUUGCAGCCCUGAAAGGAAAGACCAUAAUUUUAAAGUCAACAGUUCCUUGAUCCCUUGUUCACGCCACCAUCUCCUUUUCCUAAAAACUGCUGGGAGAUUCCAGAAAUGGGGAUUGAGAUUCUGCACAGGUAGUAAUUACAGCACAGUUCUUCCUGUGUCUUAUUGUGUUCCUUUCACUUGAUCUGUGUAUCAGAGCAAUGUAUAGACUUGUAAAAAAAAAAGAAACAGCGAAUGGCAAGCUAUAUCAGGACACUCCAGUGACAUUAAGAUUACGGUAUUAAGAUUACUGUUGUUGCUGUUGUGUUCAAACUGUAUGAGCAACUGUAUGAGCAAUACUAUCCAGUGUCUGCUUUGGUGUUAGUUUGCAUUCAGUGUGUUUGCAUUUUUUUUCUAGAUUCUCAGAUGGUGCUGUAGUGUUUUAUUCAACCGAUGACCAGAAAUAAUAGUUGUAAUACUUUUUUUUCAAAAAGUAAAUCAUUAUAUUUCAUAUGGUUAUACAGUGAUGAUAGAUAACAUUGUAGAUAACACUGUUUAUAGAUAUGCAGAAGUAGAGUUACAGAUCGGACACGUUUGAAGCGUUAAGUAGCCGGUUGGAUAAAUCACAAGAUAUGGCUGUCGAAGUGCCAAGUGGUUAAAAAGACAGCGAGAUUUAUCUCUUUAAACUCUGCCGAUUAUGUAACGUGAUGUUAUUUGGGUCUGGAGUUUGUUGCUUGAAUAAACACACUACAUUCAA